AUGGAGGACACACCAACUACGCCGAUCACUGUGCUCAAACGCCGCACCCCGUGCAUCACAUCCAUACAUAGAACCAACUCAACAUCUAGCUCCCUUUCGAGCCUGUCAUACCCACAGAUCCCUUCCCGCCGUUCGUCCCUUUCUGCCAGCGUGGAAUGCGAUUCAAGCGAGCUUGCAACAUCGACCAGGACUCCAUCUCUCAGUGAUAGUCUUUACAAUAUCGAUGUGGUGAAAACCCGACAGGAUCAUGGUACAAGUUCCCGAGGUAUCCGCAAGACUGCUCUUGAUGCGAGUGAAGACCCAUUUAUCGACCAGACCUCGCGCCGCCGUGUUGAUCCUCGAAGAGGACUCAUGACACAGAGUGGAUAUCAAUUGGCGCCGCAACUGCUUGUUCGCUGGAGCUCUGGGUCUUAUGGCUCUAUAGAGCCAUGCCUCUCGUCGACGUCAGCCUCGGAUUCCGGCGCAAUGGAACCGCCAGCAGAUAUUUCAAAACACAAACCCAGAGUCGAUAGUGUCCGGUGUUUAUCAAACAUGCUGCGCCCAGGGUCAUCCGGAUUACUUUGUCCAUUGGAGCUUCCUAUCGCGUUUGCCAGCAUGAGAUCCUACACAGGCUGGCCAUGCAUGAGCACAGACUCGAUGUCUGUAUGGGCGGCAGUGAAUGUAUCUGCUGAUGUUGAGCCCAUUUCCCUGCCUGAGACCUCGAGCCUUGCACCCCUCGACAUUGUUAUACUUUUUGAUAGCUUGCAGCAAGCUUCUGUCAGCCUUUUGACGCCAAUGGUCCUAGCAUCUUCUAUGCUUGCUUCAAAUUUGGCCAUCAAUAGUGACAGAAUAGCCGUAGCAUGUGUUGACGGAAGUUCUAGAAACGGGUUCGAGCUAUUGCUUCCGUUGGGGUUCCACUCAUUCGAGACGUUGAGAGCUGCUCUGAAUGCCUUCUCUCUCCGCCAGUUGAAGAAGAAAACGAGAAAGUUCCCUGACGCAGGUAACUCUAUUCGGCAGGCAUCUCGACUUUUUUACCCCUCUCCCAGAGCAGCGUUUUGUCAUGUGGUUUUCAUUUCCGCAUGCCCCCCAGAGAAUCUGUCUAUAUCUGGCGUAGACACGUCUAUUGGUAUCCAUACAAUCUCUCCUCAGCUUCGCUUUCCUCUUCAAACAGCAAACCAUCCACUUGGCUGGCACAUCUUCUACGAUGCCGAUGCCGAUGAUCCACGAUCCUGCGAAGUUCAUUUCAUGCGAAAGGUCUCCAAAGUCGUUCGGCAGCUUCGUACUGGUCUCAGCCCUGGGGCCCUGUCGGACUUGAAACUGCUUGUUGAGCAAGGCCACGGAUGCCAGUUCGAGUCGGUAAUGGAAGACUGUCAUCUGGCGCGGCUACGACCAGGGGAGACCUGGAUCUUCAAAGUGAAAAUGGGUGUGCCGAUCUGGUUUUACCAGGAAACCCAAUUGACUGAACAUCCCGUGCUCGAAGACUUGAUCAGGCAGAUCAACAGUGUCCUAAAAGCAUAUUCUUCUGAGCCGGCUGCGCAGCAUGUUCUAAGCGCUCGCCUCGAGCAUCAGCACUCUCUGCUACCGAAACCGCAUACUAUUUGUUUGGAAACCCAUUGCACCAUCUCGCGCACCCCAGGUGUGCCGCCCCGUCCUUCUGGCAAUUAUCGCAAGGUUUCGGCGCUAAUGUCGUAUGAACUGGAUGAUGAUGCUCUCAGUAUCAGCUUGGGAUCUGCAAGCGAACUCAGUUGA